CUGCUGGCGGGGGGAAGCGGUGCGCAAGGCAGCCAUGGUGACGGCGGGGAGGAGCUUCACUCAUGACAUUCAGACGGAGAAGUGGCGAGAAGAUCGACUGGUGACGCACGGGCUGUACAGGUGGGUGUGGCAUCCGGGCUACACGGGGUGGUUCAUUCAUCCCAUGAAUCACCCUGUGGACGUGAGUUACCCUGUGGGCUCAGACGGACUAGGGCAGGACCUGCGGUGCCGUGGCUACGAGGAGUUUUACCUCCACCAGUUCUUCGGACUUGACUACGAGGAGUUCUACCUGCACCAGAUCUUUGGCCUCGAGUACGCACGAUACGCCGCCUCGGUGAUGUCGGGCAUCCCCUUUGUCUCGUGA